UUCAAUCUCUCUCACUUUCUCUCUUUUUUCGUGCGGCCCAUGAAAGGCUUUCUGCCCCAAACGAAGCUCAGUUACCCCAACUGCUCAGAGGCAGGCGAACCCCAGAGGCCAGAGCUUGCGAGGUGCUUUCCGCAUUAACUCACAAAUCUCUCUCUCACACACACACACGCACACUCGAAAACACACACACACACACACACCCACUGCAGGAGCCUGUUGGACAACCACAAUGAACCCCAGACUUUCAGUGGAGUGGACCAUAAUCAACGUCUCCAUCUAUGGGAAACUUGCCACGUCCCUCGGAGCUGAGCCUGGACCUGAGCUUUUGGUUGGAUUUUUCUGAUGUUCUUGUGGCAGGAGAAAACUCAGGGAUAAGAUGAUGAUUGAGCUGCAAAGCCCCGAGGAUGGUGGCGGUGAUGGUGGUGGCUGCGGCCACGUGGACAUACUGAGCACUGAGGAGCUGGAGUGUAAGAUCUGCUACUGUGCGUACAACCUCGGGAGUCGCAGGCCAAAGUUGCUCGAGUGCUGCCACCGUCUGUGCGCCAAAUGCCUCGCUAAGAUCCUGGACCUGGGUGAGUCGCCUCCCAACGCCGUGGUGUGCCCGUUCUGCCGCUACAUCACCAGACUGCCAGGGGAGGCGGUGAGCAGUCUGCCGGAUGACUGCAACUUGGUGGCGGCGCUGGCCCUCAAAAGCAGGAAUCAGAGGAACCUCCACUUCCACCAGGAUGCGACCACGGAGCUACUCCUCAGCCCCAGGCGCCUGACCUCGCUGAUGGGUAGUAACGCGCCUGUGAUGUCCCCUUCCCCUUCCUCCUCCACUUCCUCAGCCACUACCUACUCCUCCAUCCGGGGCUCCCCUAACUUUGUGGUCAUCACCAUCAUGGAGCCUCCACCGGCGCCCGCCUCAAACCAGGACCUUUACCACCAGCCACGUGGACCUCACACCUCAAACCGGGGCUACCACUCCUCCAGUCUGGAUUCCAUGGCGUCCAUCACGCAGCGGUGGACGGUGUGGAACUGUGCAGCCCUCCUGUGCCAGACGUCGGCCCGGGCGCUGGUGUGGGUGCUCGGGCUUCUGUACUUCAGCUCUCUGCCCAUGGGGGUUUACCUGCUCAUCAUGCAGAGGACAACGCUCGGGGUGCUGCUGGUGAGCCUGGUUCCCGCCAGCCUCGUCAUGAUCAUGGUCUACGGAUUCUGCCAGUGUAUCUGCCAUGAAUUCUGGGACUGCAUGCCACCAUAAUGGGAGCAGAUGAAUGGGCAACGCUUUGCUUUGAAUAUGCUUGACAAUAGAUGUCCAGAAUUCACUAAUGGGGAUGUUACUGUGUAACUGAUUAUGUGAAUGUUUACUUCAGUGGCAGAAAAAUGAUCCUCUUCUUGACUGGAGAAGAACAUUAUGUACAUCACAAAUGGAGCUCACAGUUUGGGGCUUUUUAUUGUUAUACACGUUAAUUUGAGCUUUUUUUUUUUUUUUAGCUUGAUAGCCAACUAAUUAUCUAGUAGAGCUCAGACAGAUUUAGCUAAAACUUUCACGCCAUUUCUGGAGGAAAUCUGCUAAAUAUUAUACAUAAUACUGUUGUAGUGAGAAACCUGAAGGAAUGAAUAACUGUCUCUGACACCCGUGGAUCUAAUGUGUUAUCUAACAGUGGUUCUAAGCCUUUUUAGGCUGUGUCAAACCCAUAAAGGCAUCAAAUGUGAACUUUAUCAUCAAGAGUCCUGAGAGUUCUUCACCUUAGCAUGAGCAAAAGUGUGUUGUCAUGUGUGAAAAAACACUUUCUAUGCACCAAGAAGAGAGGUCAGUGUGUUUUCUCACCAUGAAAGAAUCAAAUAUAAAACAGGAUAUGCAGU